UAUUGAUGUAAAUAUUAUGAUAUUUAAUGUGAAGUAAUGUUAGACUUAAUGCCAGUAUUUGUUGAAAAGUAUUGAAUUGUUUUGAAAGUUAUUUAUUAAUUGUUAUCUCAUUUAAAGAUGAGAUUUAAUGAGAAAGAGUUGUGUCACUACUCGUCGGGUCCGGCCAUCAAAGAGGGACGCAUUCACCACAAGAACCCCAACGCAGGCUUCAGAGAAGGCUUCAAAGAGCGGUGGUUUAAGUUGAGGGGAAACCUAUUGUUUUACUAUCGCGUCAACGAGUUUGGAGGCGUGUAUAACAAGGAGCCGAUCGGUGUCCUCAUCAUUGAGUUGUGUCACAUCCAGAGGGAAGACGACUCCGGACUCGGUUUCGCUUUCUCUAUAUCCUUUGACAGCGAUUUGGAUAAAAAGCAUUUCUUAAUGUGUAGUAAUCAAAGACAAUGUGAUGAAUGGGUGGAUGUGUUGAGUCAAUGCAGUUAUCAAAACCAAAAGACCAAACUAUUGGAUCUCAAGAACCAAAUUAUGGACAUCACUGGUACGGAUCCAUUGGCUUCAUAUUCAUAUCAAACCUGAUGAUCAAAACUCAAUCAAACAUUAAUC